AUUUUCAGACUUACAGGUCCCUGGAGGGUGGAAAUGUUGCACUUUAACCUUCCUGUUGUCUUCAUGUUUUGGGGGAAAAUUUGUAUUUUGUGCUAAUUUGGCAUAUUUAAAAAAAAAUUUUUUUUGCAUUUUUUUGGGGGAAUUUUUGUCUUUUUGUGGUGUUGUUACUUUGUGGUUAAAUUUCAGGAGACAGAUUUUAUCUUCAGACUGUAACACCUGCAGUGGAUGUAAAACUGAUCUGGAGACAGAUUCAACAGAAAUCCAACGUGUUUUCAUCCUAAAGUUUGUGUGUUUAUUUGCACUGAUGAAGUCAUGAGGCACAGAAAUGAUGGAAAAAGUAACUUCAAGGACCUGAAAAUAUUCACAGCAUGAAGGUAAAGCUUUAGAUGGUGAUAAUAAAUAAACUAAACGCAUCAUACAUUAAUAAAUCAGAUGGUUCUGAGGAGUUUUUCAGAUUUGUCUGGUUUCAUUUGGAUUGUCCUGCAGUCCUCCUGUGGUUGUACAUUCUGAUACGUUCCUCUGCAGCUCAGUUCCAUCAUUGUGUAACUUGGUCAACAAAAAGGAGAAUUUUUUGAGUAAAUAAAGGAUAAAUCCCUCAGCGGGUGGUGGAUCAUUGUGUAGAUGGAGGAUGUCACAGAGCGCAUGUUGGAGUUGUGGGUUCAGCUUCAUCCUCCGUUUUAACGCGGUAACAGAAGAGUUUGUGAUCUUUGGGAGCGUUACGAGGAAUAAAGGGAGGGUGUGUUAUGUCUGUGUGUGUGUGAAGAUAAGCUACUCAAGCCUGUCUGCACACCGACAAAGACGCAUUUGUGGACUGAAGCGCUUUGAGUGGCAGCGCUUUAAGCAGGGUGGAGGAGUAAUGGAAGUUUCCUCUGUUUGGAUGGUUCCUGGAGGGACUUCUGUGUGGAGUUUUGGAUCAAAGUGCUUUAAAACGAGAAGCUGCUGUUAAAACAGAUCAGAAAUAAGUCCAGUCUCUGAACAACCACACCCUUUAAAUGCUGUUUAAAUGAGAGAAAAUGCCUAAAACUUCCUAAAAUAGAACUUCUCUGCGCUUAAAAAAAAAGCACCUGGACGCUGGUGAGGCCCUCAUGGUUUCCAGAUCUGGAAUCCAGGAAUGAAAAAGGAGUCUUUGCUCCUCCUCUGCUGCUCAGUCACUGUGUCACUGGAGCAGCCUGAGGAUCUCACCAGGAGCUUUCCUUUUGUGUCUUUUACGUGUCCGCUGUUUGCCUGCAGCUCUGCCUGCGCACACCGGGGUGUAACCGACGGGAUCAGGGCGGAUGGAAGGAGGGUCUGCGGGGGAUUUCUGAGGUAACCAGACGGAGGAGGUGAGCUACCUGCGGCUUAGCUCGGCUUGGCACGCCCCCCAGCCAGGUGGAACAAAUAGCGGAGCUCUCCUCGCUGCUGACUUCCAUCCCAGAUUCUGCUGAGAGGAGGAAUCGUGAAAUGAGCGAUGAGAGCGGGAACAGGUCUGGAUGUAGUCGUCUGUCAGACUCUAUGAUGCUGGAGACGCUCGGCUUUUUGCUGUGAAUCCAACAUGGAGGGGAAGAAGGAUGGAGGAGGAGGAGAAGGAGGGUGGUCUUCCUCAGCAGCUCCUCCAGCUCCGUCCAGCUCCGCCUGCUACAGGAUCUCUCUCAUAGCCUUCCUCCUCCUCUUCCUCGCCGUCGGCAUCUUCGUGGGCCUCGUUAUAGCCUAUCUGGUGCAGGAGCAGCAUUACUUCAUGGAGACGAUGGAGCUCAAAGGUCUGAAGUACGACGUCGCGCUGCAGGACGAGAACUCUGGGUUCUCCAUCGUCCUGUCCUCAGUCCUGAAGUCCAAGAUUAAAAGCGUGUUCAGUGCCUCGUCUGUGUCCCAUCACUACGUAGGCUGCAGCGUUGUCGGCUAUGGGAACAUCAACGGGGACGUGAUGGCCACCUUCAGGCUGGUCUUCAGGGUGUCCAAGGUCCAGCAGUAUUCAGACCACUUUGUCCAGGACCUUCUGAGAGCUGGACUCAGCUCCUCCAUGCACAGAGAACCAGUGGAGGUUCCUCAGUUUGGACGGAUCCACGGCGUCGUUUUACUGGGAUCCAGUGGGAAGUCGUUUUAUGUAAUCGGAGACGAGGCGACGGCCAGGUGUCCUGAGAAGUCCUUCGCCUGUGAUGAUGGAGAGUGUGUCACCAAACUGAACCCAGAGUGUGAUUUUAUCAGCGACUGUGCAGACGGAUCAGACGAGGCUCGCUGUGCCUGUGGGACCCGUCCGGCCAUGGGCAGGCGGGUGGUGGGAGGGGAGGACGCCCAGCAGGGGGAGCUGCCCUGGCAGGUCAGUCUGAGGCUUCAUGGACGCCACUGCUGUGGAGCCUCCAUCAUCAGUGAGCGCUGGCUGCUCAGCGCCGCGCACUGCUUUGAGAGGGACAACGACCCCCGGGAGUGGACGGCUCUGGUCGGGGCUCGGCUGGUCAGCGGUGAGGAGUCCGAGUCCAGAAUCAUCAACAUCAAGUCGCUGCUCGUGUCUCCGGACUACAAUCCCAUGACCACCGACAGCGACGUGACGGUUCUGGAGCUGGAGACGCCGCUCCGCUUCGGCUCCCACAUCCAGCCGGUCUGCCUGCCGUCCCCGUCCCACGUCUUCAGCCCCGGUCAGAGCUGCCUGGUGUCGGGGUGGGGGGCUCUGAACCAGUUCCAGCCCGUGGGUCCGCCCACGCUGCAGAAAGCUGUGGUGAAAAUCAUCGAUUCCAAGGUGUGCAACAAGUCGUCGGUGUACCGAGGAGCCGUGACCAACAACAUGAUAUGUGCCGGGUUCCUGCAGGGGAAGGUGGACUCCUGUCAGGGUGACUCUGGAGGUCCUCUGGUGUGUGAAGGAGCUCCGGGGAGGUUCUUCCUGGCCGGGGUGGUGAGCUGGGGGGUCGGCUGCGCUCAGAUCAACAAACCUGGAGUUUAUUCCCGCGUCACAAAACUCCGAAACUGGAUUUUACGCCACACAGAUCCCAGCUUGGUCCACGAUGACAUCCUGUUUGUUCCCACUGAGCCGGUUCCUGUGACCCGAGGAACCGAGAACGACCCGCUAGAACCCAGAACCGUCGCCAUGGACGAGUCUCCUGCUCCAGUUCUACCUGUGUUGAACUGCAGUGGAAGCUUCCAGUGCAGCUCCACCUCCUGCAUCAACAAGAUGAACCCAGAGUGUGACGGAGUCUCUGACUGCCCCAACGGAGCCGACGAGAGGAACUGUGACUGUGGCGUUCGUCCUGCUCUGGGCUCCCACAGGAUUGUGGGCGGAGUCACGGCUCGGAGGGGGGAGUGGCCUUGGAUCGGCAGCCUCCAGUACCAGAGACUUCACCGCUGUGGAGCUACACUGAUCCACAACAAGUGGCUUCUGACUGCAGCUCACUGCUUCAAAAGCGACCCAGCUCCCUCUAACUGGGCCGUCAGUCUGGGCUCGGUGCUGCGUUCGGGAGUCGGAGCUCUGGUCAUCCCCAUCCAGAGGGUGAUCGUCCACCCGGCUUUCAACGGCACCAACAUGGACCACGACGUGGCCCUGCUGGAGCUGAUGGUUCCAGCCCCCAUGUCCUACACCAUCCAGUCCGUCUGCCUCCCGUCUCCGGUGCAUCGAUUCCUGAAGAACGCUGAGUGCUACAUCACCGGCUGGGGCUCCAUGAGGGAAGGAGGUUCUCUGACCAACCUGCUGCAGAAGGCUGCGGUGAGCGUCAUCGACCAGGCGGACUGCCAGCAGUCGUAUGGAAACGUGUUGACGGCCAGCAUGAUGUGUGCCGGCUUCAUGGAAGGAGGACGAGACACCUGCCUGGGAGACUCUGGAGGACCUCUGACCUGCCGGCAGCCUUCAGGUCAGUGGUUUAUCGCUGGAGUGACCAGCUGGGGACACGGCUGUGGGCGGAUCGGGUAUCCGGGGGUUUACACUCGAGUGACGUCCGUCCGGAAGUGGAUCUCUGCAUAUCUGCCUUUCUGAGGAGGAACUAAUGGGAAACUGUGUGGGUUCUAAAGCUGCGUCUCCACCAAAGUGUACUGUACAAGGACUAAAGUCAUGCUAAAAGCCACUCAGUUUACAGCUGCUGGUGCUGUUUCUAAUUCUGUGCAAUGAGACUUUUCUCUACUGAAGAACGGAGGCUGACAGACCUCCUGCUGACAGACAUGGUUGGAAACUAUUUAUUAUAGUUAUUUAUUUCCCAACUGGUAAAGCUGCGGUACAUGGUGGUGUUUUUCAGAUUAUACGUGGUUCAUUUAUGGGGUUGAUGUAAUAUGUGUUAGGAAAGGGUUUCUGGGAAAAUAUAGCUGUGAUGCUGGAAUCAGGGAACGCAUGACGGUGCUUCAUUGGAAGAAACACACGAGAAUCUCCCUGAUUGAAGAGAUUUAUUUGUUUUAUUUUCAUGGAAAUCGCUCCAGUCACACCAUACAUCAUGUUCACAUUCUUCUAGGAUGUCUGAAGAACGGAUCGAGGUUCCCAGACAUCUGACAAAGCGGAGAACGGUGCAGGACCCCGAGGAAACAAGCCCACCACUGUGGAGGGCGGCAGAUAGAGUGACGACCAGAAAACACGUCGGACAAAACAGUUUUGUUCUCCGGGUGUACUCUGAUAUACGACUGUUUGGAGGCCUGUGAAUGUCAAACACCGAGCUGUUCCUCGAUACAGAUCUUUUCACUGCGGUCCCUUAAGGGCUCCAGUUGUGCCGCUUAUUCUGCAGAUGCAAAUAUGUCAGCUGUGUUCCAAAUUACAUACUUAUACUUACAAACUAGGUGCUGUUUCAUGCAGUUGGAGGUGCUUCUUCCAAAAACAAGACGCCUUGACUUCACCGUGCAGAGGACAGUGCGUCCACAGAAUCACCCGGCUGCAGUAGGACAUGCUGCCAUAUGUUCAUAUGUGUGUGUAGUAUGUGUUCUGGAAUGCACCUGUAGCCUCUCGCUGAGCUGAUUCACACAGAAAAAAGCAACCAACAGUGUUCCAGAAGCAGCUGUAGUGACUGGAAGAAGUUCUGUUUCUAAUUAUUGGUACCGAAUGUCCUCAAUAUAAAGGCACACCAAGAAUCAAACGCAGGUCUCUCUCUCUCUCUCUCUCUCUCUCUCUCUCUCUCUCUCUCUCUCAUUCAUUCAUUCAUUCAUUCAUUCAUUCAUUCAUUCAUUCAUAUUUCUGUUUCUAGAGUUUCCAUUGGAGCUGGAGAAAACACAGGAUUUCUAAUAUACAUCAAACAAAUAAUUAAACUUUGCUAGUCGACGGUUCCUCGGUGUGAAAUAAAAAUGUUUAUGGCUGAGU